CAAGGAAGCCGGAUCUCGGCUGCUCGGCGGCCGCGUCGCCCCUAGGAGCCCGGCGGGAUGGAGUGGCGGGCGCGGCUGGGUGUGCUGCUGUGCGUCGCGGCGCUGCUGGGCUGCGGCCUGGCCGCCACCGAUGAAGAUGGAAGUCAGGAUGAGCCAUUGGAAUCAAAGACUUCCUUAUCUUCAGAAGAGCAAGUAAAGGACCACUCCACUGGAACCACAGUGGUAGCUGGUCAGAUUUUCCUUGAGUCAGAAGAAUCCGAUUCUCAUACUGAAGAUGAAGAGAUCAUUAAGAAUCAAGAGGAGGAGAAAGAAAGCACCUUGGAAGAGUUAAAUACUUUAGAAAUGUCAAACCUAUUAAACAAGGACCUGGAAGACAUAGAAGUGCAGAAACCAGUUUUGACAGCCAUUGGAGGCACUGCUGAUGGUGAGCCCUGCCACUUCCCCUUCCUGUUCCUAGAGAAGGAAUAUGCAGAAUGUACUGCAGAUGGGAGAGAAGAUGGCAGGCUUUGGUGUGCAACAACCUAUGACUACAGGAGAGAUCAAAAAUGGGGCUUCUGUGAAACGGAAGAGCAGUCUAAUAAGAGAAGACAAAUGCAGGAAGCAGAAGUUGUUUACCAGACUGGGAUGAAAAUUCUUAAUGAGAGCAGUAAAAAGGCACAGAAGAAAGAAGCAUAUCAAUAUCUUCUGAAAGCAGCUGACAUGAACCAUACCAAGGCUAUGGAGAAAGUGUCUUAUGCAUUAUUGUUUGGGGAUUACCUGAAGCAAAACAUCCAGUCAGCUAAAGAACUAUUUGAGAAGCUGACAGAGGAGGGGUCUCCUAAAGGGCAAAUGGCUCUUGGAUUUCUUUAUGCAUCUGGUCUAGGUGUCAAUUCCAGUCAAGCUAAGGCCCUGGUUUACUACACUUUUGGAGCUCUCGGAGGAAAUCUGAUAGCACACAUGAUUUUAGGUUACCGAUACUGGGCUGGGAUAGGAGUCCUUCAGAGCUGUGAAUCUGCUCUCACUCACUAUCGACUUGUAGCUAAUCAUGUUGCUAGUGAUAUAUCUCUGACUGGAGGCACGGUGGUGCAGAGAAUUCGGCUGGCAGACGAAAUAGAAAAUCCAGGAAUGGCCAGUGGGAUGCUGGAGGAAGAUUUGAUUCAAUAUUACCAGUUUUUAGCAGAAAAAGGAGAUGUACAAGCACAGGUUGGCCUUGGGCAGUUACACUUACAUGGAGGAAGAGGAGUAGAGCAGAAUCACCAGAGAGCAUUUGAAUACUUCAAUCAAGCAGCUAAUGCUGGUAAUUCUCACGCUAUGGCCUUCCUAGGAAAGAUGUAUUCAGAAGGAAGUGAUGUUGUACCUCAGAGCAAUGAGACUGCUCUUCAGUAUUUCAAGAAAGCUGCAGAUAUGGGUAAUCCAGUUGGGCAGAGUGGACUAGGAAUGGCUUAUCUAUAUGGAAGAGGAGUUCCAGUGAACUAUGAACUGGCGCUGAAAUAUUUCCAGAAAGCUGCAGAACAGGGAUGGGUGGACGGACAGCUGCAGCUAGGCUCCAUGUAUUACAAUGGGAUUGGAGUCAAGAGAGAUUAUAAACAGGCUUUGAAAUACUUUAACUUGGCUUCCCAAGGUGGUCACAUUCUGGCUUUCUAUAAUUUGGCACAAAUGCAUGCUACUGGCACUGGAGUGAUGCGAUCCUGUCAUACUGCUGUUGAAUUAUUUAAGAAUGUAUGUGAACGAGGGCGUUGGUCUGAGCGGCUCAUGACUGCCUACAAUAGCUAUAAAGAUGGUGAUUCAAAUUCUGCUGUGGUUCAGUAUCUCUUAUUGGCAGAACAAGGCUACGAAGUGGCACAAAGCAACGCUGCCUUCAUACUUGAUCAGAAAGAGGCCAGCAUAGUUGGAGAGAAUGAAACUUAUCCUCGAGCCUUGCUUCAUUGGAAUAGAGCAGCCUCCCAAGGUUACACUGUUGCAAGAAUUAAACUUGGCGAUUACCACUUCUAUGGCUUUGGUACAGAUGUUGAUUAUGAAACUGCAUUUAUUCACUACCGACUGGCAUCAGAGCAACAACAUAGUGCCCAAGCCAUGUUUAACCUGGGGUACAUGCAUGAAAAAGGACUGGGUAUUAAACAGGAUAUUCACCUUGCAAAACGCUUCUAUGACAUGGCAGCUGAAGCCAGCCCAGAUGCACAAGUUCCUGUCUUCCUAGCACUCUGCAAGCUUGGGGUUAUUUAUUCCUUGCAGUAUAUACGAGAAAUUAAUAUCAGAGAAAUAUUUUCACAUGUUGACAUGGAUCAGCUGCUGGGACCAGAAUGGGACCUUUACCUUAUGACUAUCAUUGCUUUGCUUCUGGGAACAGUUAUAGCUUAUAGACAGAGACAACAUCAAGCAAUCCCAAGACCAGCAGGGCUGCGACAAGCUGUGCCUCAACAAGAACCUCCACCAGAACACCAGCCACCACAAUAGCAACAGGAGCCUCAAUGAAAAGAACUGGAUUCUCCAGCAAACUGUUUUCAUUGUGAUUUAGACAUCAGCUCAAUGGUCCCUUCCUCCAGAGAGGCGUGAAGAAGCAUAAAAGUCUGAAAGCUGCUUAGAAUGAUGCCUUUUUUCAGGGAUAAGAAACUUUUUUUUCCAAGAUUUGAAUGUUGUUUCCGUGCCAAUGGAAUAACACAAUGGCUUUUUUGUGAAACAAUUGUGCAACUACAAAAGUGAUGCCUGCUGUAUCCAGUUUCUCUUCAUUUAAAGUUCUUUUUCAAUAUCUUCUAAAGUAUGCUGAAGACCUGGUUUUGGAGGAUUGUGCAUGUUUUCCAAUAGGAGUUGGCCUAUGUAGAAAGAAGAAUAUUAACCCAAACUUAAGUUUGAAACAGGUGAACUCUCUUGCCCUUUUAAGUAAAAAAAAUAAAUAAAAAAAGAGAAAAAAGUAG